AUGUAUCAAUCAGUGUUUGGAUCCCUCCUGGUCCCGAUCUUAUUCCUUGGAAUAUGCCUGGCGGACGUUUUCGAUGAGUGUAAUGAUGGCAAUAGCCUGUCGUUCGUUAAUUCACCAAAGAGUUGCGCACACUACAUUUUCUGCAACGGCGAUGAGUCAUACGAUGGCGAAUGUGCGGAGGGCGAAUACUUCAGUGCCAAUAUGGAAAUGUGUGAGCCCAUGGGCGAUAUUGAUUGUCGGACGGGAUCGGCGGUGGAAACGGAAAACAACGCGAAUAGCUCAACGGAUAUUACGUCUGACGUGGAGACCAGUGCAACUCCUACAGGCGAAAUCACCACUCUGACUCCGUCAGUGACUGUUACCUUGCGCCCAUCAGUCAACCAGAAUGGGACCACCAAUUCGACUACGAUAUCUCCUGGCGCAGAGGUUAUUGUAACCAACCAAUGUCCACAGCUGGAUAAUCAAAGUCGCAUCGCAUUGCUGCCAAAUCAGAAUUCCUGCUCUGAUUAUUACAUUUGCUAUCGUGGGGAAGCACUUCCCAUGAGUUGUGCCGCCAGUUUGCACUUCAAUUCUCGCACUGGCAAAUGUGAUCAUCCGGAAAAUGUCAGAUGUCUGACCAUGACAUCAAAUCCUCGGGAGCAGUGCAAACGACACGUAAUUGAUGUCUAUCCACAUUCGGGCAAUUGCAACUACUUUUACCAAUGUCGCUCUGGUUAUUUGAUGGUGCAGCAAUGUCCUUUCUUCUACGGCUGGGAUUACGAGAAGCGAUCCUGUGUGGCACUAAGUCAGGCCAAAUGCUAUAACAAAAUACAAAUGCAAAUGAAGCUUAAAUAA